AUGGGUAAAGCUAAGAAAACAAGAAAGUUUGGCCUCGUAAAAAGAACUUUGAACACCAAGAAAGACCAAAGAUUGAAGAAAAACCAGGAAAAUAUCAAAACUAAAGAAGACCCUGAGCUAACCAGGAAUAUACCACAAGUAUCAAGUGCACUUUUCUUUCAAUACAAUCAAGCUAUAAAGCCACCUUAUCAAGUACUGAUAGAUACCAAUUUUAUAAAUUUUUCUAUCCAGAAAAAAGUCGAUAUUGUUAGAGGAAUGAUGGACUGUCUACUCGCAAAAUGUAACCCGUUAAUCACAGAUUGUGUGAUGGCAGAGUUAGAAAAAUUGGGCCCCAAGUACCGUAUCGCCUUGAAACUGGCUCGAGAUCCUAGAAUAAAGAGACUAAGCUGUUCGCACAAGGGUACGUACGCGGAUGACUGUUUAGUGCAUCGAGUCUUACAACAUAAGUGUUACAUCGUAGCUACAAACGAUGCCGGCCUGAAACAAAGAAUUAGAAAAAUCCCUGGAAUUCCUUUGAUGAGCGUAGGCGGUCACGCAUACGUCAUUGAAAAAUUGCCAGAUGUCUUUUAA